AUGAGCGAGUCGGAAAGGCGGCCCGAGCGGUCAGCCAGGGAUCCGAAGAAGCGACUGGGGCGAUCCGAGCUGGGCAGAGGCUCAGACUCUGAUACUGAGUCGAUACGUUCUUCUAGGAGGAGCAAUCGGCCAGCGGCGACGAACGGAAGUGACGAGCCGCGCUCUAGAAUAGACCGAAACGAACAAGGCGAGAUUGUCGAGUAUAGACACGACGAUGGCCAGUCUUAUAAAGUUGGCGAUGCUGCCUACAUCACGACGCAGCGAUCCGACGUGCCGUACGUAAUUUCCAAAAUUUCGGAAAUAAAAGUGACAAAAUCGGGCAAGCCAGAAUUUGUAUGCCGCCCAUUCCACCGUCCCGACGACCUGCCUGAUCAAAUUUAUCAAAAGCUGACGCUAGACCGGGAGAAAGAGUUCAGCGAGGACUCCAAAAUGAUGGAGAAGAUCAAAGAGAAUACCUUUUCGAAACGCGAAUUGUUCAUUUGCGAUGCAGAAGAUGUCCAACGAGAUCACAUUCAAAGGACGCAGAUUAGAGGCUUGUGCACGAUUCAUUAUCAUAAAUCGCUCGACGAAGUGGUGGACAAGUAUACCGUGGAAGACGAUUCCUUCUUUUGCAUUUUGGGAUACAAUCCUCAGAAGCGUGUCAUUGCAUGUCUCGACAAGGAAUUCGAACGAGUGAAGCAAAUGCACCAGUGGACCGCUGCCGAGCGAGGAAUGUUCAACGCAGCGGAAAAUAAUAUGAUUCCAGAGGCGGUACCUUAUGUACCUCAGCCCGGAGAGGAUUCUGAAGACGAGACCGCAUUUGAAACGCUUACUUGGCGACCAAACGUCGCCGAUUCUGACCUCGUGAUGUACCUCCGCGCUGCGAGAAGCAUGGCUGCUUUUGCUGGAAUGUGCGAUGGAGGGGCUUCAGACGCGUGUAAUACAGCCACGCGCGAUGCUACUACUCUAAAUGCGAUAGACGUUCUGCAGAAGUGCAAUGGAAAAGUUGACUUAGCUCUGGAAAAACUGUGCCAGAAUCCAAUGCCUUCAAUUCCGCAACGCAUGUGGACGGAUGAAGACAUCCGCGCGUUCAUCAAAGGAUUAAGCACCUACGGAAAGGACUUUUUCUACAUUUCAAAAGAAUACCUCCCGCGAAAAGACACUGCGGAAUUGAUAGAAUUUUAUUACCUGUGGAAGAAAACGUCUGAAGGACUCUCUGUCCGCAACAAAUAUCGCCGCGCGCCAAAGAAGAGCAUGUACAAUAUGAAGUCUCAGUAUCCACGAGAACGGCCGGUUGCCAACUCUUCUGAGUUCUCUGACGAUGACAACAAUUCGAUUGAUUCUCAAAUCGACGAAGAUAGCCAUAUUUGCCGAAACUGCUACACGGUCAAGAGCAGUGACUGGCACCAUGGCGGAAAAGAAAAUUAUAUGUUAUGUAAUGCGUGUAGAAUUCACUACAAAAAAUAUGGAACUCCAAAAGUAUGCGUCGAUCGGCCGGAAACGCCCCAACUGCUACGAAAAUUGAGACAGCAAGACCAUACUCCCGUAGAGCAGAACGAAGUAGACUAUAGCAUCGCUGCUGACGAAUCGUCACAGCCACUUCCUGAGCCAACGCCGCAAACAGCACCAAAGCUGGAGCCACAAGUCAAAAAAGAAAUAAAGAGCGAGCCGGGUGAUGAUUCGGGUCAGAAACGUAAACUUUCUGUUCCUUCUGAAGAGCUAGACACUAAGAAACAAAAACAAGAGGCCAAACCAGAGGCGCCUACCAAAGAAGAACCUAAGCCGGCUGUAAAGCAAGAAGUGGUAAGCAACAUUGCUCCUGAAUCGAAACCAAAAGUCACAACAUACGCAACGAACACACCAUUUCUACCAGUAUCAAAGUCUCCAACCGUUCCUCCUUCAUCUGUAGCUUCCAACACGCCACUCAUAAAUCUACCAUCGCAUCCAGAGAAAACGCUUAUUCCUCCUCAACCUGGAGAAACAAUUACAUAUGCAGGCAGCUCGCCUCGGCAGCCAGCAGCUCCUCGGCCAAUCACUUCUCAGAAGCAAGAAACUGCACCAAAGCCAGUUUCGAUUCCUGUUCCCCAAAACUCGACCCCAAUCGUUAUUCCUUCCGAUCCAGUGACUCCAACGCCGGCAAAGCCAGUUCUCGGUCAACCAAGAGCCGGUGUCGAACAAGGCCCCAGGCCGGACCCUGACGAAGACCAUCCCUGUGGUCCGUUUUCUGCCCAGGAAGACAACGCUCGCACGUAUCGAACGAUCGAAAAAAUUCAGUUCAAGAAAGCUUUUUUUGUCCGCAAUUGGGAAUACUCGGAUGGGAACAGUUGCGCUAGAACAGAUUUAUUCUACUGCGACGAGCCUGAAUCCUCUGGGACGACAAUUUCCCGACGGAAUCCUACAGCUGCUACGCACUCGCCCGCUCGUCCUGCUACUGGACGCACGCAAGUGGAACGCCCAACCGAACGACCUCAAUCGAACGGAUCCUCACACGCUCAUUCACUUUCCGGGCGGGGCGUUUCUCAUCGUCCCCCAACAUCGACUCCUCACCGCACCCCCGGCACUCCCCAACAACCCCACUACCGCCCGCCGUUACCUCGCCAGCCGAUGUCACCCAACUUUGGCAGUGCUCACGAGCGGAGUCCACUGACGCCCAGCCUCCUUGGCCAUCCCGCCGUAAGUGCGGCCAAUGCGGGCAUCCUCUCUGGCGCCCAUCACUCACAACUGGCCCAGCUCCACCAGCUCCAAGAGAUGCAGAACCAGGCUCUUAUCGAUCAGCAACGACUAGCAUUGUCAGCAACCGAUCCGAGAUUGUUAGCUGACGCGCACAAUAUCUACGGAGCUCUGAGGCUCCCAGGAGUUCCUCACGCCGACCUUCUGCGGGAUCAACAGCGUCUCCUUUCUGGUCAACCCUUUCCCAUACCUGGGCUUCCUCAACAUGGCCUCACGCCCUCCGCGAUCUCCCUGGAUCCCCACCUUAGGAGAAGUGUUGGUCAAAGCAUGAUCGACAGCCGCCUCCUAAACGACGUUUCGAACAACCGGCGGUCUGUUGGGCAGACCAUGAUGGACAGUCGGAUUUUGGACCAAACCGCUGCUUAUCAACUGGCUGAAGCUCAGCAAAGGCUCAGUGCCCAAGGCUUGGCCCAAGCAAGAUUAGGCGACCCACGUUUUGACCCUCGUUUGUAUCAGCUGCAUCAACCUAAAUAA